AUGGCUUUCGGCUCAGCAGGUGUGAGUACACUUCAAAGUGGGUUACCUGGUAACGCACUUUUCGAAUUGCUCUCUAACCCAUCUGCUCAAUCGACAGGCGAAAGCUAUGCGCAACAGGAACAACACCAGCAGCACGGUCACGAAGACCAACAGGCCAAUUUCUUCUUCCAGCAGCAGUUGAAGAACACGGCGGAAAAUGACGCCGGCAACGGCUCGCAGCCAACCUUCGUGGCGCCGUCCGCCUUGACUACGGCCCCUGAGGCUGCGCCCUCCCUCAUCUCCUCCGACAGUCGUUCCUCGAUAUCUGCGCCGAGUUCGCGAGGAUGGCAAGAUUCGCCCGUCAGCCACACGUUGUCAUCGCCGGCCACAUCGAUCACAUCUCCGCACUCCAGCCUCGUGUCGCCUCCUGUCGACCCCCGUCUUCUCAUCCCUCCCCAGGACGCGAAACCUCAGACACAACCGGCACAACCGCAUGAAGCUGUAGAUGCGAUCGAAACUCCGAAGCGACGGCGGGGUCGACCCCGUCUGUCCGACGCGACCAACACGAGGGAUACACGAGUUACACGGGUGGGAGCAGUGGCGAAGGAGGACGCACCGAGAACGAAGACACAACAGAAGACCGCGGCCGCACGACGAGCCUCCACCGCCUCAGCAAGCGGCGCCGACGACGUCAAGAACGAGAACACCGUCGACGACAAGAAGAGCCGCAUUCGUGCGCGCAAUCGCGAGGCCGCGUAUAAGUGCAGGCAAAAGAAGCAGAAGGGUAUCGAGGAGCUGCAAUCUCAGGAGGCGGUCGCCGAGGACAUCAACAAGACGCUGCACUCCGAAGCAGCAAUGCUACGGAGCGAGAUUCUGAUGUUGAAGAAUAUGGUUCUUCAACAUGGUGGAUGUGGGUGUUCGUACAUCGAGGAAUACAUCUCCGGUGCCGCGCAGAACUUGGUUCAUACCAGCAUGGCGGCUUCAUCGGCUCAAAACGCAGCUAGAGGGGUUGCGAUGAACGCGCAGCCGGACAUGAACGGGCAGGAAGGCGAUACAUACGUGGAUUGGAAGAUGUUCGACAUGGAUCGCAAACCCGGCACCGGUGCACUGGACUCCGAAAGCGGAUUUUCGGGCUUGGACGAUAUCUCUGUCACACACAGCACAAGAGCGGCAUCACAAGGGGUUACGAUGGCUUAG